AUCAGCAGAGCACCAUGCAAAACCCCAGCAGGCGGCCCACUGUCUCUCUCGCUGGACCCCCUGCUUGUUCCGGGAUCCAAGGUUGGGCUGACCUCCCAGAUGAGUUGCUUCAUCUCAUCGUUGCUCGGUUGGGCUCCUUUCAAGACAUUCUUGGCUUCGCCGCAACAUGCCCCUCUUGGCGUACUGCCUCCUCUUCAUACCCAUCGAAAUCUACAUUCCGCACAAAAUUCCCACCUCUCCUCAUCCAGCCCCGUGUCCGUCAUGAACAAGAUCCUCUUCUUCCUUCUACUGAUGGUUGCCGUGAGCUACUCAAAUGUAAGGUUAUUGAUCCAGCCAACCCGAACGCCGCCCUUCACUGCCAGAUUCCUCAAGAAACCCUGGAGAAUAUGAAAUGUAUCGGCUCUUCCUAUGGUAAUAUCAUCUACUACCGCGAAGGAUAUUGUCGCAUCGUCGAUGUCUUCACUGGAAUGGAGGUUUCAGCUCCAUGUCUCCCACCCAGUGCCAAGUGUUCGAUAUACCGCUGUAAUGGCAUUCUAACAGCCCCUGUCACAUCACCCAACUCACAUCUCAUUGUCAGUACCAGCACCUACCACAAGUCCUACUUAUUUGAUUGGCGUGUUGGAAGCGACUCUUGGUCCCAAGCCCAGCUUCCUUAUAUGUAUACGGACCAGAUUGUGGAAUUCAAUGGUCAGCUCAUUCUCUCGGAUGGCAAUGGGUGGUUCCACUCUGUGCAGGUGGCCCCUCAGCUUGGUCUGCAGGAGAUAACAACCGACAAGGAUGACUGGAGUCAGGAACAUCGUGAUAUGACAGCGCUGGUGGUUUGCGGUGACAUGCUUAUCCCGUUGACCGUUUUUACGCUGUCCUCGCUGAGGGAGGAGGCGGCGGUCCAGUCCCCGGAGAGCGAGACGGCGUCGCUGAAUUCGGCGACGUGGCCAAGCUGGGGUGAGGCGGUGCGCUGCCAGAGGUUAAGCGGCGGAUGGUGCAGGGCGUCGGCAGGGACUUUCGUGGAGACGAAGACGAUGAGAGAGCAGUCGCCGGUGAGCGCCAGGGCGACGGGCUCCUAG